AUGAAGGAAUUAGUGUCAAACAGUACAACCAGUAUAUCUCAAGCCAGGAAGGCUGUGGAACAAUUAAAAAUGGAAGCAUACAUGGACAGAAUGAAGGUAUCCAAGGCUGCAGCAGAUUUAUUGGCAUAUUGCGAUGCGCACAUUGGAGAAGAUCCUCUUAUUAUUCCAGUGCCUGCAUCUGAAAAUCCCUUUAGGGAGAAGAAACUCUUUUGUACUAUCCUUUGA